AGCUUCUGCAACGCUGCCGGCUUGGCCUCGCGUCUAGCUAUUUACACCUCGCGAAGCCCUAACUUCUACCAAGAGUGUCUUGCUAAGAGCAGUCGCUAGACAUAUCAAGCAUGAGCUACAACCAAGGGCAGCCCCAGCUGGGGGCUACCUUCGUGCCCGGCGGCUUCGACGAUUACUACAUGCCUCAAGCCGGACCUGAACUAAUAUCCCCGGCUCCUCAGCGAAUAAUGCCGGAGGUUCCAGAGAAUAUGCAGGACAACCUCGCACAUCUUGAGCUCGAGGCCAACGGACCUCGCAACUCGAUGCCUCCACAACCGCCGCAAUCGUAUAAUGAGCCCCCCGCGAACGCUUUCCCGCAGCGAACCUCAAGUUACCAGAGUGAACAAGCACAAAGCGGGGCACCAGCAGGGCCACCAGGAGGGGGACAUUGGCCACAGAGGAACGCCAGUAUAUCUUCUACCUUCAAACAGCCGCCCGUUGUACCCGUACAACCAAUUCAACAGAGUACCGUAUCCCACGAUUACAACCAAUUUGCAAUCCCUUCCGACCUGCCCAACUUCUCGCCAUUCCCCAAACUCCGAACCCGACUCGCACAUGUACCACCCACGGACGACGAGAAGGAGGCUGUGCUGGAAAAUGCGCGCGUGCCAGUCUUGAACUCGAAUGACCCGGAGAUGCAGCUUACUUGGGCCCAGGAUGCCCUGGCAUAUGUGGACGCGUCGCAGCUUCACGAGCAGAGAGUGGCAGCUACCCAGCCGCCAAGACCACAUACACCCCAAGUAGAACAUCAAUUACGCGUGGAUGCUAUGAACAUAGUGGGAUUCCUCGCGGACCAACACCACCCUAAAGCCGAGUUCAUGAAGGGCAUGUGGCUAGAAUUUGGCAAAUUUGGUAUGAGAGUGGAUAAGAAAGACGCGUUUAGGUGCUAUACCCGUGCGGCGGAAAAGGGCUAUUCGCGGGCAGAGUACCGUAUGGGCAUGCAAUUCGAACAGUCGAACGAUCCUAUCAAAGCUCUCGUACAUUACAAGCGAGGCUCGGAAGCUGGAGAUUCAGCGUCAAACUACCGCCUCGGAAUGAUGACACUACUAGGACAACAUGGCCAGCCACAGGAUUAUGCCAGGGGUAUCCAGCUCAUACGGCAGGCUGCGGCGACAGCGGACGAGAACGCACCUCAGGGUGCCUACGUCCUAGGCAUGCUACAAGCGCGAGAGUUACCCCAAAUUAACGUGCCGGAAAUCUACCUACCGUAUGACGAGAAGCUAGCGCGUCAGAACAUCGAGAAAGCUGCAUACCUUGGAUUUGCGAAGGCCCAACUCAAGAUGGGCUCUGCAUAUGAAUUAUGCACUUUGGGUUGUGAAUUCAACCCUACGCUCUCAAUGCACUAUAACGCGCUUGCUUCCCGGCAGGGCGAGGCGGACGCGGAUAUGGCUAUUAGCAAAUGGUUCCUCUGCGGAUACGAGAACGAUUUCAAGAAGAACGAAGAACUAGCAUAUGCUUACGCCGAGAGAGCCGCUGCUGCAAAUCUGGCCACCGCUCAAUUCGCUAUGGGCUACUUUAACGAAAUCGGCAUGGCGACGGAAAAGAAUAUUCAAAAGGCUACAGAGUGGUAUCAGAAGGCUGCAAGUGCUGGUAACAAGGAUGCCAUUUCAAGACUGGAGGGCAUCUCGAAAUCACAAACUCUCAACAAGAAAGAUCACGAAGAUAUUGCCAUCCAGAAGAUCAAAUCACAGUAUGGCUCAAUGCGUGGAGCUCGGCCAGCAAGACUCCAGAAAGCUGCAGCACCGCAGUUGCCAUCUAUCGUUGACGAUAGUCCUUCUGAUUACGGAUCGGGAUCGGACGCUGCCUCGCCCGUAGUUUCUAGACUUCCAGACCGCAACGCAAGUUCUACACCAUAUCCGAUAUCUGACCAGCCUCCGGUUGUAGCCGCCAGGGCUUCCACACUAGGCGCACCAUCUCCGUACGAUAGAGGAAGCACGACGACCCCAUACCCCAUGGGUGAUAUGUCUCUUCCAGUGGGCCCUAGGCCGAGUAUAGCAGGAGGGUUCGCUCCCGAACUACGGUCGGCUUCGACAGCACCUCCCAACUCUCGACCUAUGUCGGCUUUCAGCAUCAAUCCUAAUCUAUACGCCGAUCGACCCGUCUCUGGUGUUCCACCACGACUGGCUCCAUACCAGCAAGGAAAUAUGGGGCCGAUACCAUUGCUACCAUACACAAGCAUGGAUAACAUGGGUCGGGGAGGAGGCAGAGAUCCGCGUGAUCAGCGUGCUCAAUCUGGUGGAUAUCCGCCAGACCCGAGGGCAUACCGUGGUCCUGGAGGACCGAGUGUGGAACGCCCAGAGCCCUACGGCACACCUCGUCCUGCUGACUAUGGAGGGCAGCCAUCACGGCCUGAUAGCGGAUAUCAAAGUCCGCCGGACGGUCGAAACAAACUCCAGAAGGCCAGCGGCAAUCCUAACAAAGGUGGAAACCCCAACAAGGGGCAACCGACCCUACCUGAUAUUGGAUUUGAGGCACCUCUCGCACCACCACCUCUGGCUCCGAAGCACGGCAAGCUACCUCCACGACAGGAAAGCCUCGCUAAUGCUAGAUCAUCCACUGUACAACCCGGACAGGAACGUUCGGGCUCCGCCCGGCCACUCGACCGACCAAGUACAGCUGCUCCAGGUGGUCGUCCAGGAUCACGGCCCAGUUCAUCAGGUCGCGAGUCAACGCCGAGACCCCUUCCUAAGAACGACAAGAGCGACCUUCCAUCGCAAAGGACCGGUGAGCAGAAGAGACCUAGCGAGCAGCAGAAGCCUAGUGAGGCGAAGAAGCCUGGUGAAGUCUCCAGACCUCCGCCUGCAGCCGCUGCCACUCCUCCCGCUCCGAAGCCAGCUGCUGCGCACCCACCUGGAAAGGGACCAAAGACGUUCGACGAGAUGGGUAUUAGUCAGCCCGGGAAAGAGAAUGAAUGCGUUGUCAUGUGAGCCAAGAAGGCACAUUUACGGCUUUAUCUUCUGUUGAUGAUGCAUUGGGCGAGGUGAUUGCAUAGCGGUGCUCUGGGGUUCCGGAUGUUUGAAUGAGCUGUGAUGAUUGUUGAUGGCUUUUAAUGGAUUCCCUAUAAUACCCUGGGUACAUAAACCUACAAAAACGAGCGUGGGUUGUUCUAUGGCGAGUUGCAGGACAUUGGAUCCUUGUAAGUACACUGGUAACGAAUAAUCAUGAUUCGAAUUAUUAUACCAGCGUGCAAAGGUGGUAGCGGUGUUGGUGGUGGGAGAUGCGCCCCGUGACUUUUAGCCUUGCGGUUUUGGGAUAGUCGCCACCAUUCAAUUUCAACAUCCUCUCUUCUCCACAUC